AUGGCCACAACGGGUUACGAACCCUCAUACGAUAAAGAGGACUGCUGUUUACUACACGCGCAGGGUAUAGGCGUCCGCGCGCGGGUAGGUACGGCACGGUAUUGUGGCGCGCGUCCAGUUUCACUUGGUCUGAGUAUGGCGUGGGACGACGAGAAGGCGGCGCUGCUGGCGACGAUCCGCCGGCAGGAGCAGGAGGCCGCGGCGCUCUCCAGGCGCUUCAAGCUGCUGCAGCAGACGCUCAAGGAGCAGCAGAAGCUGCUGGACAGGUACCAGCGCGCGCUGGGGGACGCGCAGGCCGCAUCAAAGGCUCCUGCGGCCGCUGGCCCGUUAAUUGACAAAAGCAGUAGCAGUGUCGAAGACAAUAAGAAAACUACUGAAGCAGGCAAAUCAAAGGAGACCAAGGCUGUCGCUGCAAUUUCAUCCUGGGUGAAGAAGAAGACCGCGGCGUCUUCCGACUUGGAGACGAUCCCAGAAGCUGCUGAGCCUGUUGCAGUAAAGAAGGAGGCCGAGAAGAUGCAGAAGCAGGAGACAAAACAGAAGAAAGCUGAGGUGUUCAAACCAAUUGCCAAAAGAAGGAGCAGCAGCGGCCUGGCCGCUACGUGGGCCGAGGAGAAGCGCCGCAUGCUCAAGAAGCCCAAGUGGGAGCAGAACCUGGCUGCUGCUGCUUCGACUGGACCCAACAAGGAGAAUGUGCGAGCUGAGCAGGCGAAGAACCAGAAGGCGGGCUUCGCCUACGUUGAAGUUGUUCGCAACAGGGAGGAGAGGAGGGCCCUGCCGGGUCACGACUGCGUCGAGUGCAAGAAGUACUACGAUGCGCUGGGGGGACUCGGGGCGGCGGACGCUGCCGCACAGAAGAACAAGUGCUCGCGUCAUCGUGCGCGAUUCGAGCCGUACCAGACACCCGACGACUUCUGGAGACUGAGCUUCCCGGACUCGGAGCCUGAGCCUAGGUCGCCGUCGGUGAUUUGAAGCUGCUGUGGCGUAAAGGAAUUACAAUACGUAAUGCUGCUGCUG